AUGUUUACUGCUGCUGCUGUGAGCUUUACACGCACUUUUCCUCUGCGCGGGAACUGGGAGACGCUGCGGCUGGAACGCGCAGAGAGAGCCGGCAUCAUGGAGGUGCCCCCCCGGCCCCAGCCCCCCGCCCUCCUCCUGCCCCUGGACCGGCCCCUGAUGCCAGAGCUGCUGCAGGACCACAUCUACGAAGACCUGUUCAGCCCCGAAGACGACGACUUCUUCGGGGAAUCGGACUCGGAGCUGCAGGACGGCAACACCUCGCUGCUCAACAUGAGUAUCUGCUCACAGGACAGUUUCAUCGAGCUGAAGGAGGAGAGCGAGGAGAGCGAGGAGGCCCAGAGGAGAAGUGAGGAGGACAAACUGCAGGAGAUGAAAGCUCAGAGACAGAAGUUGGCCGUUCAAGAACUGCUGGAGUCUGAGCGUAACUAUCUCCGAAUGCUACGGCUGAGCUACGGAACCAUACAGGAGAACCUUCUCAGGAUACAGCCUCCUCUGGUGAACGUGGACUCCAUGUUUGAGCUCCUUCCCGCCGUCAUCUCUGUGACCAGUCAUCUCCUGAACUCUGUGGACGACGGCUCUCUGCAGCCUGGAGACCCACUCUUCCUCCAGUCCUUCUGUAACUCGUUCCUGGCUCUGUCGUCGCACAUAGAGUCUGCGUACAGAGAGUAUUUGUCCUGCUACAGUCACGUGACGCAGUGGGAGGUCAGCACCAAACAGAAGGAGGCGCUGUGGGACCAGGUCGUCAGAGUGCUCCAGAGCGCCGCGCCGGAGCUGAAGGCCUCGUCACUGAGCUUCUUCCUGGUGAUGCCGGUGCAGAGGAUCGCCCGGUACCCUCUGCUCCUUCAGACCAUAAAGGGCCACACGGAGCCCUCGCACCCGGCUUUGGGCCUGCUGCAGGAGACCGCUCGCACCUCGGUGGACAUCAACUGUCGCAUCAACGAGUACAAGAGGAUCCGAGAGUUCAGGGAAGUCGCGAACAAAUACAAGAAGACGGAGAGCCUGAGUAUCAAAGACAUGAUCAACAGACUGAACACUCACAGCAUCUUCAAGAAGACGGCGCGCCUCAGUCAGCAGAUCAAACACGAGACCGGAAUAGCACCCAAGUUGGUGGACGAGGAGUUCGAUUCCCUGGAGGGAUUCUUCUACCUGCUGGAGAAGUGCAUCCUGGAGCUUCUGGAGAACGUGGAGACCUACCUCACACAUCUGCAGGUCUUUCUGUCGUGUAAAACAGAGGAGUUCGACCUGUGCCUGGACGGACAGCGGGAGCCCAUCUGCUACAAGGAGAUCACCACGGCGCUCAGGCAGUGGAUCCUUCCCACGUUCGAAAAGCGAUUGCGUUCACUCAUCCACAAGCCGCUCUGUGCUCUCCGCGACCUCCUCGUCGGGCCCCGGAACCUGAUCCGCAAGAGACUGGACAAACUGCUGGACUACGAACUCAUCGAGGCCAAGAGCAGCCUGAGCUACGAGGAGCAAGCUGCAGCCAACACCUACAAGACCAUGAACACACUGCUCCUGACUGAGCUGCCGCGCUUCAACACGGUGUCGCUGCAGUUGAUCUGGAGGCUCCUGGGAACCUUCAGCUGUUUGCACCGAGACCUGGCCUCGGACAUGACCCAACUGUUCCAGACCUUUGCCACGCAGCUCCCUCACGGUGCCCUGAGCCCCAGUGCAUUCUGGGAGUGGGCAGAGGCUGCGGUGAUGCACGGGAUGAAGAACCUGCAGAGGCUGUGUCAGACUGUAGAAGAGGCUCUGAGUGCUCCUGUGGCCACGCCCGUGCACCCCUGCUGGGCUCUGCGGUACCAGCAGCUGUGUCUGAAGCACCAGAAGGAGCGAGUCUUCGAGGUCACGGCCGGGGUGGUGGGACGAGGAGAGCUGGACCUGAGCCUCAUCAGGGGAGAGCUGGUGGCAGUGGUCAGCGAGAGAGACAGCCGGGGAGACCGCCGCCGCUGGCUGGUCGACGCUGGAGGGAAACGAGGCUACGCUCCUGCCUCCAAACUGAGGCAAUACCCGGGGCCCCCAGCAGAGGGCCCUCCUCCUCCAUCUCCGCUGUCCCCCAGACCAGACUGCAGACUGGACGUGAAGCAGCUGUCCAAGAGCCUGGACCUGCGCCCCUCCUCCGUGUCCCCCACUUACCCCUGCCCCCCCAGUCCCAGUCCAAGUCCCAGUCCCAGGGUCCACACCAAACCUCUGGCUCCUCCUCUGUCUCCGGCGGUGCCCAGCUUUCAGUCUCGUUCCCCUUUGCUCUCCUCGUCGGAACAGGAGCUCGACGGCAAAGCAAAGCUGCAGAUGUUGCGAGCCGUGGCCACAGAUGGAGCUGUCACAGGCCGCGCUGAUGAAUGA